AAUACUGUGCAAAUUUAAUAAACAAAAUUUAUUUGUAAACUCUUUCUUUGUUAGUUGUUUAACUAAUUUAAUUAGUGUCGUUCAUAAUUUGUAUCUCUCUGUGUGUGUUGUUUAACUAAAUACAAAAAGUAAGAAAAAAGCCAAAGAGAAAACAAUUUUCUAAGAACCGUUUCAAAGUCUAUGAUUUAAUAUUAAACGAAAGCAUAAAAACUGUACAUCAUACCUCCUACCUAUACCAAAAAACAAAAACAAUUUUGAUUUGAAAACAAAUUUAUCUAAAAUAUACCUACCUACCUACAUAUUACUGCAUACAUAUAAAAUACAAAUAGUUGAUACCAAAAAAAAAGUAUUUUAGCAAGAAAUUUUAAGUUUUGAAAUCUCUGAUAAAUCCACAAGAAAAAAAAAAGAAACCAACUUCAAAAACAAAUUCCUCAAAAUUCAAAUCAUGUUAAACAACGCUACAAAUUUUUCGCCGCAUAACGUUUUAACUCCAUCGGUCGAUAUGAAUGGCUACAGUCGUAAAUCCCCCUCAAAGCGCCGCUAUGAAGGUUCCAAGUAUUCAGUAAGAAAUUCAUCUGAAUCUGAGGAGAAAAGUCCUCAAAAUAUGAAAAUAUCUUCAUCGGGCGAUAUGAAUGGUUACAGUCGUAAAUCACCCUCAAAGCGUCGUUAUGAGGGUUCAAAGUAUUCAGGCACCCCCAAAAAGAAGACCAGAACCAGUAAGGAGCGUGUACCACAGCCCAAAAAUACAGUUGCCAUGUUAAAUGAACUGCGUCAUGGACUGAUUUAUAAAUUGGAAUCACAGAGUGGGCCAGUGCAUGCGCCAUUAUUUACAAUUUCUGUUGAGGUUGAUGGUCAAAAAUACUUGGGACAGGGACGUAGUAAAAAAAUUGCCCGCAUCGAGGCUGCCGCCACAGCUCUGCGCAGUUUUAUACAAUUCAAAGAUGGUGCUGUCUUGACUCCGCUGAAACCAGCCUGUAAUCUGGACUUUACCAGUGAUGAACAUUUGGAUAAUGAUUCCAAUAAAAGUUCAUUAAGUGUGGAUGGUCAAAAGAAAGUACCAGACAAGGGACCUGUAAUGUUGCUGUAUGAACUUUUCACUGAUGUACAUUUCGAAUGCUCAACCAUUGAUGGGGCUCAGAAUAAUUGUCGCUUCAAGAUGACUGUGACUGUUAACAACAGUAAAUUUGAUGGAACUGGCCCCUCAAAAAAAUUAGCCAAAAAUGCUGCUGCCAAAGCAGCUCUUGCAUCGCUCUGCAACAUCUCCUACAGUCCCAUGAUGCAUCCCCAAAAGAGUUUACCCUUGCCCAUGGACGAUAAGUCAGCUUCUAUGGAACUACCACAAAUACAUGCCGAUACCAUAGGACGUUUGGUAUUGGAGAAAUUCAUGGAAGUGAUCAAAGGUCAGGAGUCGUAUUCGCGUCGUAAGGUGUUGGCCGGCAUUGUAAUGACCGAAAAUAUGAAUUUCAAUGAGGCUCAAGUCAUUUCCGUGUCGACUGGUACCAAGUGUGUCAGUGGCGAGCACAUGAGCAUUAAUGGCACUGUCCUUAAUGACUCACACGCCGAAAUUGUAUCACGUCGCUGUUUUAUGAAAUUUUUGUAUGCACAAUUGGAACUACACUUUAAUCAGGCAACAGCAAAUCAGUCAAUUUUCGUGAGGAACCAAGAAAAUGCGCAAUACCCGUACAAAUUGAAAACCGGUGUACAUUUUCAUCUGUACAUUAACACAGCGCCUUGUGGGGAUGCUCGCAUUUUUAGUCCCCACGAAAAUGACUCGAGUGUUGAUAAACACCCAAAUAGAAAAGCCCGUGGUCAAUUGCGUACAAAGAUUGAGUCUGGUGAGGGCACUAUACCCGUUAAGAGUAGUGAUGGUAUACAAACCUGGGAUGGUGUUUUGGAGGGUCAUCGUCUACUCACCAUGUCUUGUUCGGAUAAAAUAGCACGCUGGAAUAUAGUCGGCAUCCAAGGAUCUCUACUGUCCUCUAUUAUAGAACCAAUCUAUUUGCAUUCCAUAGUAUUGGGCAGUCUUUUACAUCCCGAGCAUAUGUAUCGUGCUGUUUGCGGACGCAUUGAAAAAUCCAUACAAGGUCUUCCACCACCCUAUCAUCUGAAUAAGCCGCGCUUGGCCCAGCUCACCUCGUCGGAGCCGCGCAAUCAGGCCAAGGCACCGAAUUUCGGUAUUAAUUGGACAACCGGUGAUACUGAGGUGGAAGUGGUGAAUUCGUUGACCGGCAAAACGGUCAACAAUCAAAUCUCGCGCAUAACGAAACAAAUGUUUUUCCGUAAAUACGGGAGUCUGGUGAAAAAUCUACCCGGCUUGCCCGAAAAGAAGAUACAAACCGAUUACGGGCAGACGAAGUCUAAAGUUAAAGAUUAUCAGAUUGCCAAACGUGAACUAUUUGCGGCUUUUAGACGUGAGGACUUGGGCAGCUGGUUGAAGAAACCUCAAGAACAAGAUGAAUUUGCGCUUCCGGAAUGACUGCUUAAAUUUGAAGAAUUUAAUCAACAACAAGCAGCAUUACAAUUAAAUUUUGUUUUCCAAUAUCCAAUACAAUUGAAAAUACAACAGAAACCACAUCAACAUCAGCAGCUACAAUGGCAUAAAAUCAGGAUUAAUGACCCAAAAUUACCCAUAAGGGUCAUUGACGAAAUAAUGUUUAAGAUGAGUUAUUUCUUACAAAUAUUUCUUCUAGGCAUUAUGGAUAACUUCUUAAGUAAAUUAUCACAACAACAGCAAGAACAAAAAUAUUUAUUAUUAUUGAAAAUUCAAUUAGUAUUUUGGAUAAUAAACUUAUUAUUAUUACAAUUACAAUUAAACUUAAAAGUAAAAAAUCAACAAAAUUUAGUAGUAAUUUUAACUAUAAAUUAUUUAUUACAAUUACUACAACUGGCUUUUGUAGUUCAAUAUAUAAAUGCUACUAAUUAUUAUAAUUAUUAUUAUUAUAAACAAAGUCGUCCUCGUCCUACUCCAGGUCCAGGAACUUUCCUUCAACCUCUAACAACCAUUAAGGCAGUUGAAUUUACAAUUUAUGCUGCUGAUCCAAACAUUAUCAGCAUUUUACAACAAAAGACAUUUUUUUGCCUUGAUUGCAAAAUUAUUGAGCAUUUUAUGUUGUUUUCUCAAAAAUUCUCCUUCUGUUCUCUGCUUGAACAACAACAACAACAAUUAUUUAAUAUAAGCGAAAUUUUUCUUGGCAUUCAACAGAAAAUUAUUAAUACAAAUUUCAUAAAAACAUUUUUAAAAGGUUCUCAAGGACCUUUGAAAAAAUCUGCUGCUGCUGCUGCCGCAAAUUUAAUGGCAUUAAAUAAAUUGAGCUCUAGAAUAUUUCUAGAAUAGAAUGUAGCUAAGAUGCUGGAACUAAGUAAAGCAAGUAUUAUGGCGUUUUAGUCCAAAAAUCAUAAAAAAAUACAAAAAAAAAGAAAUAAAGUAAAUAUAAACAAAUCUAAAACAUAAAUCAAACAAUUCUAAAAACAAAUAAUAACAAAUAUUUAAACAUUAUAAUAAUAAUAAUAAUACACACACACACACAUCUAUACAUAAUCAUUAAAAACUUAUAAAACAAUUACAUACAUACAUCUAUAUAAAUACAUUACAUACUUACAUUUACACUUACAUAUACAUACAUACUAUCUAUAAAUUUAAAUUACUCUAUAUAAUAAACAUUUGACAAAGAUACAUGCAUACGUAUAAGCUAAACAUAGAAUAUUUAAAUACAAAUUCAAUUACAUCAACAAUUACAAUUACAAUACAUCUAAUACAUACAUUUAAUUUAUGUAAUUUUUAUUUAUGUUUUAUCUUUUUAAUAAUAAUUUCAUUUAUGUAAUAUUUUUUAAAUAAAUCUCUACAAUCACUACAACAA